AAAAGAUGCGGAGAAAUUACAAGAAACGUUUAGGCUCCCGGAAUUAUAAGAAUUAUACCCAAGAAAAUCUAAGAGCAUGUCUAGCCUCUAUAGAAAAUAAAGUAUCCACUCAAAGAAGAGCCAGUGAAGAAUGUGAUUGCAUCUUAAGACUAAGCGAGUACGGUUUUCCUUUGACAGCCUUCGACCUUAGAAUAGUCAUUCGAACAUAUUUGGAUAGAAUUGGCCGGAAAGUUACAAAAUUUAGAGAUAAUUGUCCAGGUACUGAAUGGGUUUCAAGUUUCUUGAAAAGACGUCCAUGUUUAACACAGAGAUUUGCGGCCAACAUAAAACGUAGCAGAGCAGCAGUUGACAAAGAGACUGUCAUUGCCUACAUAAAAAACUUGGAAGACGUGGUUAGAGACGUCCUUCCCGAAAACAUAUGGAACUUUGACGAAACUAACCUUUCAGAUGAUCCUGGUCAAAAGAAAAUUAUAACUAAGCGUGUUGCAAAAUAUCUGGAGCUUAUAAGGAACACAUCCAAAAGUUCAACUUCUAUAAUGUUUGCUGGAAAUGCUGUGGGGGAAUUACUACCACCAUACGUAGUGUACAAGUCCAAGCAACUGUGGAGUACAUGGACAGAGCAUGGAACAAAACGUGUCAGAUACAACAACAGUCCUUCAGGUUGGUUUGACAUGAAUAUAUUUAAUGAUUGGUUUUUUACCCAGAUAUUGCCAAGACUGAAGAAACAAGAGUGUCCCAUUAUAGGAGACAAUUUGUCAUCUCAUAUUUCUGUAGAUGUCUUGAAAGCCUGUGACCAGAACAAUAUUAGAUUUGUUUGCCUGCCUUCUCAUAGCACCCAUUUAACUCAGCCAUUAGAUGUUGCUUUUUUUCACCCAAUGAAGGUGGCAUGGAGGAAAAUCCUCACCGAAUGGAAAGCAAGUGUACAAGGCAGUCGAGAAACAGUAGUUCAAAAAAGCAGUUUUCCAGUUCUGUUGAACAGACUCAUUGAUAUCUUGGAACCAACGAGGGAGGCUAAUCUCAUUUCGGGUUUCCGAAAAUGUGGAAUUUUUCCUCUUGACGUCAAUCCAUUUAGAACUGUUGACCAGACUGCUUUACAAGAUUCUUUUCUACAAAGCCUUGAAGCUAAGAGACUAGAAUGGACGAAAGGUGGAACUACGAAACGACGUCAAACAAAACUAAAUAUCACUCCUGGGAAAAGCGUAACUGAAGAGUUAAGCAAACUUUCGGAUGAUAAAGAAAAUGGAGAGUUAGCAAAGCCUUCAACGGCACGAAGACCACGUCACCGUAGAGCUAGUAGCGAAAGCAGCUACGCAGAUAGUGUCAACAUGUCAGUUCACGACUCAUCAGAUGUUGCUUCUCUUGAUGAUUUAGAAAAUCUUGAAGUUCAGUUUAAUGCACAGGCUGAAGGUUGUGGCAAGAAUAUUGAUUUUAAGCCACUCGUGAAGGCAGUUGGGCAAUAUGUAGUAUUCACGUAUGAAGGAGAAAUUUUUCCUGGUAAAAUUACAAAAAUCUGUGAACAGGGACCAUACGUUUCUUCAAUGAAAAAGUCUUUGAAAUCCUGGAAAUGGCCUGAGCUUCCGGAUGAAAUCCAGUAUCAUUGGGAGGAAAUUUUGGGAUGUAUUGAUCCGCCUAAAAAAGUCAGUCUUAGACGUGACAUCUACUCAGUCCCCGCACUAAACCAAAUUUGGAGGUCUUAA